ACCGUUGCGAAAAUAUUUUUAAUCGCAACGAAUUUCGUCCUCGGUGUGUACAGACUAAUACGAAUGCAUGUGUUUAAUAGGCUGCGUAAUUUCGUGCGAAUAUUUCGUCCGAAAAAUCGGACUCGGUGUGUACGGGCUUUUAAGGCUGUGGGUUUAAAAUGUGAGUUUAAAAUGUCGGCACCUGGCAACCUUAUUACUGCGUCGGUGCGCUUCAAGACCUGUAGGAACGCCUCCCAUAUGUUAGUCCUCAUUAUGGUCCUCAAGCCUGCCUUCACUCGGGUGAAUUGUAAAUCUUCGAGUUACGUUGUUCAUGUAACCUCGACAUCAGCUUUGAUCUAAUAUGGAUAGUCGUUUUUUUCAUUGAGAAUACACAUAAGUUCUUCUCCAACAACCGCGGAUAACUCGUAAUGGAUCUUACCAUCUGGUGUUUAAUAUUUGGAGUUCUAACUUGCCUGAAUUCUGCUGCUUCAGGUCAAGCCUUUCUCAUUCCUGGUCCAGAGAAUGUGACUGUGGACUGUGAUAACUUUGACACCAUUGUGUACUGGAAUUACUCCGAUCUCUUGAUAGGAACUCUUUUUCAAGUAGAGUUUAAAAGCGACAUUGGCAAUAAGAACACCUUCAAGACGGAGGCACACCAUGUCAACAUCACUAGCCGACUGAACAACACAAACUACGCCGUGUACACCAUAAGAAUCCGGGCCCAGAACGUAACUCACACCUCCAAAUUCUCUUCGCCUGUUAGGUUUGCUUUUGAUAACCGCAUGGAAGGAGACAUUAUAUGUAAUCUGGACUUCCCACCUGUAACCCUGAAGAACGAGUAUGGAGACCUCACCCUGAGUUUCCAGAAUCCUCUGCACCUGUAUGAAAACACUCCAGCCCUCAAGUAUCUCAAGAACAACACAGACCCAAACCUGGAGACGUCCAACUUGAGCUACGAAGUAGUUGAUCAGAGCAACAGAGCCACAGAGUUUACCUGUCCUUAUGAGAAGAGCGUGUGUGCAGAGACGCUGCACAUCUCAGCCAAAAAGGACCACUACUGCGUCAACGUGUCGGGGAGCAUCGUGCGGGCAAACGUCCGCGCUGCAAAGUUUUGCUACAAUGGGCCGGAGAAGGGUCGACCACUGCCCAGUCAUAUCGUUGCCAUCGUAUUUGCGAUGGUCCUUAUCGGCACUAUCAUUUUCCUGGCUGCUUUAGUAUCCUGGAAGACGAGGGCCAAAACCCACCCCAUUCCUACACCACAUGUGCCUCCUCUCACUGAACGAAGACCCGUUUAUCCGGACCCACCCGGGCGGUCCGAAAGCGUCGAUAUUCUGUGGGUGGACUCGUCGCUGUCGGUAACUUCCGAGGACCCGCUCCUGUCGGACCACAGCUCCAGCAGCUGCCGCAGCAGUGCCCAUUGCUCCAGCUUCCUCAUUAGCCCAGGCCGCGUGCAGACCAGAGCGAGUCUGGCGAGCGACGAUGUGGAGCGAGACACCGAAUCGACCGGUUGGUCGAUCGAAAGGUCAAGUCAGGACCUGAGACUCUUGGAGACGUCGGGAGGGACGCUCUCAUCGGACGACUCGCCUCACGCCUAUGCGAUGCGCGACAUCUUCGUGGACCUGAGGCCACGCGGCCGGGACGGUGUGGACGCAGAAGAAGAGGUGAGGUACAGCGAGGGUAAGACCAAUGGACACCCCGCAAACCAAGAGUCGUCAGGAGGGACAGCGCUGUCCGGUUACGACUCGUCGCACGGCAUCUCCGUGGAGCUGGAGCCAGGGGACUGCGUGGAUGGCUACACAGUGGACAGAGCGUGUUCGGAGAGCGAGGACAUGGAGCGAGACACCGAAUCGACCAAUUGGUCAAGCGAAAGGUCCGCUCAGGACCUGAGAGACUCAGAGGUGUCAGGAGGAACGGUGCUGUCCGAUUACGACUCGCCUCACAACAUCUCCGUGGAGCUGGGGCAAGGGGACUUUGUGGAUGGCUACACAGCCAGGAAGCGUUUGGCUUGAGGUCGGGCGUGUCUGCAAUUGAGAGUGAACGUUUUAAAAGGCAGAGUCCGCAAAUUUUGGAGAAAGAUUGUUAAGAAUUGAGCUCAACAGCCAAUCAAGUUGCACCCUUUGUUUCCGUGCUCCUAAAGCUCAACUUAGCAGGGCGUGACCAGGCUAGCCAAACUGCCUUGACUUCAAUGCAAAAGAGACAGCAGAUUUGUUGCCAGGCAGUCAGCCUAUACUCAACCAUGGUGAUGGCCAUUGCUGCCCUCUGCUCCUUAACAGGCUUUACACACACUCUCAUCUUACACACACUGCCACACUCCCAUCUCAGGAGGUCUGGGUUAAAUAAAUAUGCUGAUUUUACCAGAGUGAUGGACUUUGAUGGGUUUUGGCAAAAAUAAAUAAAUCUAUAUGAAUGAAUGUCUAUACAAACAUACAUACAUACAUACAUGGCCUUUGGUCCAUUAAAGACAAACUGGGACUACAACAGGUUCUAGAGCACUGCUAAUGGAGCAAUGGAACUGCUUGGAGAUGAAACAUUCAUUCCCACUGGACCUGUAGGCAGUUAUGUAUCCACUCUAUGUGGAAAUGUGUGAGGAACGCUUCCUGGAGAUUUGCAUCAGGGUAGUGGUUACGGAUCUGAAUAAGCCUCUGUUCAUCAGCCAACAUCAAAGAGAGAGAGAGAGAGAAAGGACUGGUGACAGGUGCAGUAUUUUCAGAUCUCUAUUUCUGGCUAGUGCUAGCUUGUUUAACAGGCACCAGGUAAGGUGACACUUUACUUUAGGUUUCUACUAAGAGUGACACGACACUCAUAACCCUACCACUAACCCUUACUUGUCAUGACAAAAAACAAAUGACAAUUGACAGAAGCGUUAUGUCAAUUAUGACUUUUUUUUUUUUUUUAGUUUAUAAUGUUUAUGACAUGCUCUUGACAGUGUCAUGUCACUCUUAUACAGAUACCUUCAACUAACGUGUAACUGGUUAUUUUAAGCGCUAGAAGAUGGUGUCUGUCUGGUUGUCAAACUAGUUAGUAGGCGGGCAUACUAACAAAAUACCUAAAUGUUUUGUGGAAGUAACAAACGGGUAGCACUGAAGAGGAGUCACAGAGUGCAAAUUGUGCAGAUGUAUAACUGCACUGACAAUUCCUGUCUGCUGCUGAGAAUGAGCAGUAGCGGGAGUAGUAGAAGCCCUGUGAAUGCUAACUACAUUUUUGUGACGGACAAAAUCAGAAAACUACAUGUUAAAAAGAGUAUGUAAUAACAUAGCCUUUGAGCUCAUGGGGAAAUGGGUCCUUACAUCUACACCAUACUGGUGCAAAUGGCAUAGAAAAAAGGAGGACAGAAAAUACUAAAUACUGCUGUAAUCAUCAGAAGUCUUAAGAUGUUCAUAAUGUCCUGCGCAGCUAUACAGUUUAUAUUUUGUCCAUAUAUUCCAACUUUGCCUCAAUGACACCCGAAAUUAGCACUGUUUUUGAUCAUACUUAGACAUAAGAUAACCACGUUGCCAAUCAGAACAUGACCCAUGACCCUUGCUGUCCAGUGAUCUCACAGGGUCACGGGUGACCAUGUAUGGACCCUUUCAAGAGAGUUCCAUUAUCAGCAUCAUAGUUGGCCCCACAAGGCUUCCGUUUUAACAUUCCAUAUGUUAUCUUAAUGUAGAGGAAGUAGAUUGGGGCCCAAAUAGAACGUUCAAGCAUUGUUUUUGUUUACCUUGUUGAAAGGGUUUGUAUGUGAAAUAGGCAACUGUGAAAUCCCAAACUCUGCAAGCUGUUAUGACAACCACCUAUAGUGAUCAUAGUAGUGUGUGUCUAAGGAUAGGACUUUGUGAAAACUGUCAGCAAAUGUAAUUACAGUAUAGGUACUUGCAAUUACAUGUUUAUUACUAGCUCAUAUUAUCAUCUGUAUAUUGGUUGAGGGUUAGAGUGAAACGUCAUCGAAUUCUUUUGUACCUAACAGGGAAGCUACACCGGGCACAUACCUCAAGCGUUCCGUUCCCCCAGCGUCUGCUGCACCAAUCAGCUUUCACUGCAAUCAAUGGCCACGCCAGGCAUGGGCUUUCAAAAUUAGAUUUCCGAUCCAUGAACAGAAUGCUACAGUCGUGGACCCUGUGUAGCCCGGGCCUUUCAAUCUGAAAUUAUUUCUGGACAUCUUGCUAUUUUGUUAGCAAGAUAAAAAAAUAAAAAAAACAUCAGGGCUCGUAAUAUGCCAAAUGUAGCUGUUACAUGUGCUUGCUUGUAUAUAUGCUUGUUUUGCACACAAUGUUAAUACAUAAAUGUUAAUACUGAAAUGAA